AUGUUAAAAGCAACUUUGGACGGGAUUCGGGAUAGAGAUAUUAAUGCGGUCAUAAACUAUAUCAGUAGUGGAGCUUCAAUAAAUACUAUCAUCAAGUCAUAUGAAAUCUCUCCUGAAGAAGAUGAUAUUUUAAAAAAUAAUAUUCCUUUAAUUUCUUAUGUUGCAUUUUACGGAGCAACUGAUUGCUUUAAUUUUCUAGUAGAUAACAGUGUAGAUCUUAAUAUUAAAGAUAAAUUCAACAGAUCAGUUUUACAUUUCGCUGCUGCAGGCGGAAAUGAAGAGCUGUUCCAGAGACUUAUUGAUUUAGACAUAGAUAGAUCAUGUCGUGAUAACAAAUCACUUGGAAUUAUUCACUAUGCCGCUAAAUAUGGUCACUUUUCGAUAAUUUCAUUGAUUUGGAUGUAUGAUAUCAAUAAAAUGGAAGACAAUGCCAUAGAAUUGAGGGCACAGUCAGGUAUAACACCUUUGCAUCUUGCGUGCGAAUCAGGUAAUAUGGAAUGUAUUGAUUUCUUCCUUGAUAAAGGUUGUGAAAUAAAUUCUCAAACAACAGAAAAUAUGACACCUCUUCAUUUUGGAUGUUGUCAUGCAGAAGUUAUGGAUUACUUGAUGCAAAAAGGUGCUGAUUACCACAUGAGAGAUAUAUAUGGGAAAACAGCGUUCGAACUCACAAUGAAAAAAGGAAAUUUCGAAUCUGCAAAUUUCGUUAUUAACAAGAUGAUUGAAUUGGGUGAAGAUUGCAAGGAUAUUUACUUUGCCGCUGCAAGUGGUGGUAAUGUAUCUGUGUUUUCUGCUUUCAUUGAGAAGGGAAUUGAUAUAAACUUUGAAAACUCAGAUUGUGAAACAGCUCUUCAUGUCGCCGUGAGAUUUGGCAAUAAGGAAUUGACUCAAUACAUAUUAGAUAAUGGUGCUGAUCCGAAUUGGGAAAAUAAUAUAGGAGACUCUCCUCUUCACGUCGCUGCAAAAACUAAAAAUCAGGAAAUUGCUAAAAUGCUAAUUGAAAAAUGUGCAGAUCCAAAGCAAAAGAACAAUAAUGGUAAGUCUCCAUUGAUGAUUGCAGAGUCAAAUGGCUUACCUUUGGUUCCCGAAGAAUAA